GGGCUCCCCAGCGUUAUGCCAGUGCCCCCCGGGCGCGAUGGCUAGCGGCAGCGCUGGGAAGCCCACUGGCGAGGCGGCUUCUCCGGCUCCUGCGAGCGCCGUCGGGGGGGCCUGCUCGCAGCCGCGGAAGAGGCUGGUGUCCGUCUGCGACCACUGCAAAGGCAAAAUGCAGCUGGUGGCCGACCUGCUGCUGCUGUCGAGCGAGGCACGGCCCGUGCUCUUCGAGGGCCCCGCCUCCUCCUGUGCUGGCGCCGAGUCCUUCGAGCAGUGCCGGGACACGAUCAUCGCGCGCACCAAGGGGCUCUCCAUCCUCACCCACGACGUGCAGAGCCAGCUCAACAUGGGCCGCUUCGGGGAGGCGGGGGACAGCCUGGUGGAGCUGGGCGACCUGGUAGUGUCGCUGACCGAGUGCUCCGCCCACGCGGCCUACCUGGCGGCCGUGGCCACGCCGGGCGCGCAGCCCGCGCAGCCGGGCCUGGUGGACCGCUACCGAGUGACGCGCUGCCGCCACGAAGUGGAGCAGGGCUGCGCCGUGCUGCGCGCCACCCCGCUGGCCGACAUGACGCCGCAGCUGCUGCUGGAGGUGUCGCAGGGCCUGUCGCGCAACCUCAAGUUCCUGACGGACGCGUGCGCCCUGGCCAGCGACAAGUCCCGGGACCGCUUCUCCCGCGAGCAGUUCAAGCUGGGCGUCAAGUGCAUGAGCACGAGCGCGUCGGCGCUGCUGGCCUGCGUGCGCGAGGUGAAGGUGGCGCCCAGCGAGCUGGCCCGCAGCCGCUGCGCGCUCUUCAGCGGGCCGCUGGUGCAGGCCGUGAGCGCCCUGGUGGGCUUCGCCACCGAGCCGCAGUUCCUGGGUCGCGCGGCGGCCGUGAGCGCCGAGGGCAAGGCGGUGCAGACCGCCAUCCUGGGUGGCGCCAUGAGCGUGGUGUCGGCCUGCGUGCUCCUGACCCAGUGCCUCAGGGAUCUGGCGCAGCACCCCGACGGGGGCGCCAAGAUGUCGGACCACAGGGAGAGGCUGAGGAACUCGGCCUGCGCCGUGUCUGAAGGCUGCACCCUGCUAUCUCAGGCUUUACGGGAGAGGUCUUCGCCCAGGACUUUACCGCCAGUGAAUUCCAAUUCUGUGAAUUAGCACCCCGCCCCCCUUCUUUCUUCCACCCCAAACUAGAGGAAGAUACUUACUCUCCGCCCCUCUCCAUUUAUACCAAAGAAAUCCCAGGGGAAGCUCCCCCCACCACCCCAUGUCAGACGCUCCAGAGGAACCUUCCAGAGAGCGGGGCCAUGCGCUCCAACGACACUGGUGCGCACGGUGCGGGGUGGGGGUGGGGGGGCAAUGCCAAUCUACGCACACCCAGCAGGGACCUGGAGGUGGCGCGCCCCCACCGCGCCCCAGCACCUCUUCUGGAGUUCCUCCACUAAAUUUUCUUAUCAAUUGGGCAGGAAGGAGGUCAUGGGUUCGUUUCUUUUUUGGUCUUUUUGUUUUUUCCUAAUUAAAAGAAAGGUUACCUCAGUUUCACUCCUUAGACAUGGAUGUAGCUACCUUUUUUGUAUGUUGUUAUUUUUUUAAGCAAUCGUGUUGGAUUAGGCGUAUACUUGGUGUGGAAAGAGUAUGACUUUGCCAUGUGAUUUGCAAAUGGGAAAAGCUACUGUGAGUGUGUGUUUUAUUUUUUAAUUUACACUAUAGAGUGGUUCCCCCCUGCCCUCCCCCCCCAUGUCAAGUUUUUACCUUGCAUGUACUGGAGUAUUUAUUUCAUCUAUUAAAAUGUUAUGUUUCUCAGA